AUGGCGGUUACUUUGUCGUGUUCAUUUGGAAAACAAAUUUCUUCAUUAUUAAUUCGGUCAAAUUUAAGGCGAAAUUUAUUGAUGAGAAUGUCCUCUGUUGAAGCAAAAGAAAUAGCUAUCGAACCAGGUCCACCAUCACCCGUACCGACUGAGACUCGGAAAGUUUCUGAGAGGAUCGAAGCUCUUGUUGAUCAGAUAACAAAUUUAUCGUUACUGGAAGUUUCUGAUCUUAAUUAUGCAUUACGAAAACGUUUAAAUAUACCGGAGACAAUAGCAAUGCCAGUGGGAAUGGUUACGAAUACGCCACGAAUAGUUCCAGAAGAAGAGGAGAAUUCUUCGAUUCAAAAGGAAAAACCGCAAAAAAUUUCGUUUCGAGUAAUGCUGAAUUCAUUCGAUGAAACUAAAAAAGUUCCUUUGAUUAAAGAAAUUCGAAACGUGAUUCCUGGAUUGAAUCUUGUGCAAGCGAAGAAAUUCGUUGAUUCUAUACCUGCUGUUAUAAAACAGGAUAUUGGUAAAGGAGAAGCAGAUGAAUUAAAGGCAAUGCUCGAAAAAGUGGGAGGAGUGUGUGAAAUCGAGUGA